UAUAACUAGUAAUCUAUGGAUACAGCAUUUCAUUCGAUUUAUUACUUUUUCCGAGCCUAAUUUUUAAAAUAAAUUUACAAAUAACGAAACAAUGAGUGAAUUAGUGUGGGGUAUUAAAAAUGGAGAUAUAGAUCAAGUAAAGGAUAUCGUAGAAAAGAACAAAAUUGAUGUAAACGCACUUAUUGACGGCCGGGUACCACUCCACUAUGCAGCCGAUUAUGGUCAAACUGCUGUCGUUAAUUAUUUAUUAGACAAAGGAGCAGACCCUAAUAUGGUUGACAAACAUGGUAUAUCUGUUAUUUUAGCAGCAAUAUGGGAAGGCCACACUGACUGUGUUAAAACUUUACUGAAACAUGGUGCAUCUAAAAAUGGUAAGACUCCUGAUGGAACACCAUACAUUGAGGCUGCUGAAAAAGAGGAAAUCAAAGAAUUGCUAACAUAGAACACUAACAAUUUCCAUUAUUUUAUACAUUAUUUAACAUUUAUGAAAUAUAAAAUAUGAACUAAUAUCACCCAUCAAAAAUUAUAUUACAUAAAGCAUUUAUUUAUAUUGCAAUGCAAUUAAUUAUUUUUAUAUGCUCAACAUAAUAUGUAUAAACUAUUAUGUUUUAUGUCUGCGUCCAUUAGUUGUAUUUUUUGUGGAAUUAAAAUAUUUAUAAGACAAAGUGCAGAGAUGAUUUAAAUUUUAAACUUAUUUAAUAUUUAAAAGCUUUUCUAAAUUAAAUGUAAGGCCUACUCUCAAAAUUUAGUGGAUAAAUUUAUGUUAUAUGAAUGAAAAGUGAUUAAUACAAUAUAAGGAA